AAUAGAACAAUAUUUGAUUUCAGUAGUAGAUAAAAAGAUGGCGCCCGAAUGAAGGACGCUCAAUUAAGAAUAUAGUGAAGAUCUUGUUAAAUUUGUAUUAUUAAUAAUAGUACAUAUUUCUUAAGAAAUGAGUAAUCUUUCACCAUUUGGAGGUGGCAAAAAUCCACCAUGGGUUCGUAAUGCAGGACAAGGAAUUCAAAAUAUUCAACAACAAAUGUUAGGCCAAGCAAUGGGUAGUAUAGGUGGUCAACCCAUGGUUCAAUAUCAACAACAAACGCAACAAGUUUAUCAACAAAGUUUGGGAUUACAACAGCCCAAUAUAACAAUGGCUUCAAUGGCAACACUUGGAUCUAACUUGCCAUCAGGAAUAGCUGGUCAAUUAUAUCCACAAGUUGCUACUGUUUCUUAUCCACCACCAAGAGCAUUAAAUACAAAUGCAUUUCAACCUUCUGUUGCUGGUGUACCACAACAAGUACAACAAAAUGUACCUUCAUCUUCUACGAAACAAAGAGUUUUUACUGGCACAGUGACACAAGUAUAUGACAAUUUUGGUUUUGUAGAUGAAGAUGUAUUCUUUCAAACAAAUGCAUGUGUUAAAGGAUCUAAUCCUGUUGUGGGUGACCGAGUAUUAGUAGAAGCAUCAUAUAAUCCAUCCAUGCCAUUUAAAUGGAGUGCUACUAGAAUACAAGUACUCCCUAUGGGAAAUAAUAAUAAUAAUACUAAUACACAACAAAAUAAUCAAAAUACUCGCCAACAACAACAACAAUCUCAACCACAACAAAAUCGAACCUCAGGAACAUAUAAUGCUGUGCCCCCUCCUGCUGAAAAUGCUAAUAAUAGAUUCACAACUAGUGCAACAAGUGCUAAUACAGCUAGUAACCGAAAUAAAGUUGGUAGAGUAAGAGAAAGAUCUCCACGAGAACGAAAAAAUGAAGAAGAAGAAAUUGAAAGAAAAAGACGUCGUGAAGAAAGAAUUAGGGAACGCGAGAAAAAAGAGGAACGUAGUCCAUCAAGAACUAGAAGAAGUAAAUCACCAAGACCAAGACGACGUACUAGAGUUGUACCGCGUUACAUGGUACAGAUACCAAAAAUAGCACUUGAUUUACCUGAAGCAGAUGUACUUGAAAUAAGAAGACGCUAUCAAAAUAUGUAUAUUCCUAGCGAUUUUUUUUCUACUAAUUUUCGAUGGGUUGAUGCCUUUCCUCCACAUAUGCCAUUUGCUCUUAAUAAGCCAUGCUCUUUUCAUGUCAUGCACAAAGAUGUUGAUCCUUGUUCUGAAAAUACAGCAGUACUAGAACCUUCAGAUGCUGAUUAUCUUUUUUCUGCAAAGGUUAUGCUAAUAUCUAUGCCUGCCAUGGAAGAAAUUUAUAAACGAUGUUGUGGUGUGUCUGAAGAUAGAGAUCCAGAUCGCGAUUAUGUACAUCCUACACGUUUAAUAAAUUUCUUAGUAGGCUUACGGGGUAAAAAUGAAACAAUGGCUAUUGGUGGACCAUGGAGUCCUUCUUUGGAUGGUCCUAAUCCUGAAAAAGAUCCAUCAGUAUUAAUUAGAACGGCAGUGAGGACCUGUAAAGCGCUCACGGGAAUAGAUCUAUCCAGUUGUACUCAGUGGUACCGCUUCCUGGAACUCUACUACAGACGUGCAGAAACGACCCACAAGUCGGGGCGAGUGGUGCCCUCUCGCGUUGAAACCGUCAUACUAUUUCUCCCAGAUGUUUGGAGCUGUGUACCCAUCAAAUUGGAAUGGGAUGGUCUGCAACUCAGCUAUAAGAAACAACUGGAGCGAAAAUUGCUGCGUGCUGCCUCUAGUCCCGACGAUUUGGAUGCUGCCAAUGACACUGAUGAGGCUGCCGUCGCUGAUCAAAAGGAUGAUCCAGUGCCAGAGAAAAAGGAUCCCACUCAUUACUCUGAAUUGGAUCCAAAGUCUAUGAAUGUAACUGAAUUACGACAAGAAUUAGCAGCUCGUAAUUUAAAUUGCAAAGGUUUAAAAUCACAAUUACUUGCAAGACUUAUGAAAGUAAUAACAUCAGAACAAGCUAAAGAAGAAGGAAGACAAGAUGAUAUGGAAGAAAAUGAUAAGGAUAUUUCACCUCCACCAAAGGAAGAAGAAGAUAAAAAAUUUAAAGAUAUUAAAGAUCAUGAUGAAGAUAGAAGAAAACUUUGUGAACGUGAACGCGCCGCUCUUGAAAAGCGAUAUACUUUACCUGAAUCAUCUCAUAUCAUUGUCCAUCCUUCUAGAAUGGCUAAAAGUGGAAAAUUUGAUUGUACUGUAAUGUCUUUGAGUGUCCUUUUAGAUUAUAGACCAGAAGAUACAAAGGAACAUUCCUUUGAGGUAUCGUUAUUUGCAGAACUUUUUAAUGAAAUGUUAAUGCGAGAUUUUGGUUUUCGAAUUUAUCGAUCAUUGUGUAGUCUUCCUGAAAAACCGAAAGAAAAAGAUGAAGAUAAAAAAAAGGAUAAAAAAGAUGACAAAAGAGAUGAAAAAAAGGAUGAUAAAAGAAAAGAUGAUGACAAAAGAUGUAAGAAAGACGAGAAAAAAGAUGAUAAAAGAAGAGAAGGAAGUAAAGAUAAAAAAGAUGAAAAAGAUACAAAAAGCAAAGUAGAUGAUAGAGAUCGAGAGAAAGAAAAAAAUGAUGAUGACGAUGAUGAUGAGGAAGAUGAAUCUGAUGAUGAUGAUUCAAUUAAAGACGGUAGGAGAGAUAGAGAAAAAGAUGGAAGAAAAAGGAAAAUAAAAUUGUAUACACAUGAUCCUUACCUCUUAUUAUCUUGUUAUUUCGAUCAAACUCAUUGUGGCUAUAUAUUUGAUAAAGAUAUAGAAGAACUUAUUUAUACUUUAGGAUUGAAAUUAUCAAGAGCACAAGUUCGUAAAUUAGUACAAAAGGUUGUAACAAGAGAUUCUUUGCAUUAUCGUAAAUUAACGGAUAGAUCAAAGGAAGAUGAUUUAAAGGACGAAAAAAGAGAUGAGAAGGAAAUUGAUAAAAUUGAUUCUACUAAAAUAGAAAAUGAAGAAGAAAUAUUACGUUCAUUAGCACUUGGUACAUUAUAAAUAUUUAAUAAGAAUAAAAAAUUAUUACCUGUGUUCGUUGGAAGUGGACCACCAUCAAAAAGAAUUCAUAGAGAAGAUGCAAUUAUAGAACAAUCUGAUGAAUCAAUUGUAUCAGAAGGAUUUGUUAUAUAUAAAGGUUCUUUAUUAGAUGUAGAGAAACUUGUUAGCCAAUUAAAAAGGUCAGAAAAAGCUCGAUUGGAUACGGAAGAGCGUUUGAUGGAAUUACAGCAUGAAUUAUGUAUAGUAAAUGAAAAAUCAACAAAACAAACAAAUAACAUCAAAGCUCUUUCCGAAGAUUUAAAAGUAUACAAAGAUAAAUUAAGAAACACGGAUGAAAAGCUCAAAAAAGUAUCGUCUGAAUGCCAUACAUACCUUACAGCAGUAAAAAAUAUGUAUCAUAUAGCAGCAAAAAUGAUGCAAUCUGAUACAAAAAAAGUAGAAGUUGUAGAAAUACAAGAUGAAAAAGUUAGUGAAGUUAAUGGAUCAGAAAUCGAAACAAAAUUUAAAAUGGAUAGUAGAUGGGGUGAUAACAAAGUUCCAAUAAAAAAAGAAUUCACAGAAACGGAUAAAGAUAAAAAAUGUGACAAUAAAGUCUCAAUUAAAAAAGAAAUAAUAGAAACUGAUAAAGAAAAGAAAUAAAAAAAAAAAUAUUCUUUAUUUCUUGUAAAAGAUGUGAACGCACUUUUAUCAAAUUGUAUAAGUAAAAAGGAAUUAAAAAUGUGUUUAGUGAUAAAACAGCACGGGAAGUGAAUGGGAUAAAUUUUCCCAUAUGAAAGUAAAAAUGACUUUAAAGACUCGGUUUUAUAACUUUUUUCACUCAGUGACAAUAUAUAGUAAACCUGUUUCUGUGCAUAUUACGUUAGAAAUAAGGAAGAUCACGCGUUCAAAUAGCAUAAAUAAGUGAUUGAAUACAGAUAUUAGAACAAAUUCUUACACUGCAAUUUUUAAUAUAAAUUUGUCAAAUUUAAUGCAGAUAGACAAAAUUCUUAAGGAACUUUGAUUUGCCAUAAAGUGCCAGAUACCGAUAGACAGCUAUAUCGUGAUUUCAAAAUAAGUUCAUAUAAAUGAUAAUUAUCAUCAUAUAAUCAUUAAUAUAUCUUUAAAUUUUUGUCAUAUUUUUGGAUAAAUUUAAACAAGUGUUGACUAAAUUUAGAAAUCCUUUUUUUUUCUUUCAUUUUUUUCAUAAUGGACUGUGAUUUAUUCAGGAUACUUCAUUAUAAUACAAUCAUUUUUUUUUUUUUUUUUAUUGAAUACGUUUAAGAUAAUAUUAGCAUUGUUGCUUUCAUGGAUUAUAAUAUCGAGCUUAUAAUCGUUAUAUAAUCCUAUAUAAAUAUUAUUUUUCACUUUUCUUUUUAAAGCAACAAUUAAUUAACAUUUUUAACACUAGCAAUGUAUUUGUAUUAUGUUGUAAGUGUAUUUAUUGCUUUGUACACAGAAGACAGUAUGAAAAAAUAAAACUUUUAUGCAAUAUGUAUAACACCAAUUGUAAAGUACACAGUAAUGAUUAAUUUAUGGGAUAUCGUUAGCAUUAUUUUUCUCAAAAUGACGCGUACAAAAUGAAUUUUUUUCUAUUCUAUAUUUUCUAUAAUUGCUGUAAAUAUUUUCAUGGAAACGGUACCUAAGAAUAAUUUGAACACCAAAGUAUCUGUAGACAAUUUAGUAUCAAAUGAACAUAUUAUACAUAUAUAUAUAUAUAAAGUACAAUAAUUUAUUUAAAAAAGAUUUAUAAAAAAUAGGAUUACAAUUUUUUUUAUAUACAUCUACAAUUUUUGUUAUUAUUAUUUCUUUUAAUAUAAUUUUUAUCAAAAUUCAUAUACAAAUUUCUAAAUUAAUUAUAACUCAAUAUGGUAGAAAGAUGAGUGCUCAUGAUGUCCCUCAUUUUUAACAUAUAUUGCUCAUACAUGGAUAUGACUUGAAUAUGUAUAGAAAAAAAUAAAAAUAUAUAGAAAUGUGAUUUUUGAACACUAGUUAUCUUGUGUUCCAUUAAGAAACACAAUGCCAAGGACACUAUUUUGUAUAAAAAAUCUAUUAUAGAAAAAUCUUUUUGUAGUUUAAUAUUAGAAAAUUGCAUUCAUGUCAAGAGACCUUUAAUAUGUUAAGAAUAAAUUUAUAGAUAUGGAAUGAUACAUGAGCUAUAUGUGAAAUAAAAAUUAUAAACAUUGUAAUAUUAUAUCCUUGGCAAGAAAUACUUUUAAAUAUGAGGAGGUUCACGAACAAAAUAAAUUUUAAACACUCUA